AGUCCCUCUUCCCAGCUGUUCAUAGCUGUCCAUUCCUUCUCCAUUCCCAUGUGACCCUACUGCACACAAGAUACCCUUUAACAUUUUUUUAUAGGAUAAUAUACCCUAAAUAAAAUUUAGCAAAUUUUUUAAAAUACUAACAUAUUGCACAUCACAAAAAAGAAAAAUAAAAAAAGUAGAGAGAAAAAGUUCAUGAUUUUGUUUUUUUAAUUAACUUGGCUUUCUUCCCUCUAACAUUCCCUUGUGGUUUCUGGAAAUAUACAUAUUUAUUUAAGGGUUGUGUUAGAGGCUCAUCACUUUCAUUUUUCUUCUCUCCCAUUCAUACAUUGUAUAUGUUCAUAUAUAUAUAUAUAGAUAUAUAACAUUUUGUUAUAAUUAACAACAUCCUUAACAACAAGAAAUAUUUGAGGUUUGUGAAAAUUCCUGUUUGUUAUAGUUUUGUACAUCUCUCUCAAAUGGCACAAUUACCUCCUAAGAUCCCAAACAUGUCACCAAGUUGGCCAGAUUUUUCCACACAGCAAAAAAACAUUAUGCCAACAUCCAUUUCAACCAAUAACAUUGUCACCACAAAUAAUUACCAGAAUCAAAACCCUUCAUGGGUGGAUGAGUUCCUCGACUUUUCCUCGGCAAGGCGAGGCGCUCAUAGAAGGUCGGUCAGCGAUUCAGUCACAUUCUUAGAAACACCAAUGCUCGAUGGAAAACACGAUGGUAACAACAAUGACAACGAGUUCGACAAGUUUGAUGAUGAACAAUUUUUGUCCAUGUUCAGUGAUGAAAUAUCUGGUGUCAAUAACAUGCCACCAACAUUGUCUUCGUCGAACCCUUCGAGUCCUUCAGAUCAGAAUUUUGUCAAUAAUGAUAAUGAGAAAGAGAAGAAGGAGAAUGAUUUAGGAGAGAUGAAGAAAGAGGAAGAUGAGAAGCAAUUGAAAUAUGAACCUGAUGAGGUAGAAAGCCAAUGCAAACAGGAAAAUUCACAGCCUCAAAGUAACAACAACAAUGUCACUUCUUCUAAUGAUAGAAUUACUGAUCCAAAGAGAGUCAAAAGAAUCUUGGCGAAUAGGCAAUCAGCACAAAGGUCACGUGUGAGGAAGCUGCAAUACAUAUCAGAGCUUGAGCGUAGUGUAACUUCAUUGCAGACCGAAGUUUCAGUGCUAUCUCCAAGAGUUGCAUUUUUGGAUCAUCAACGCUUGCUUCUAAAUGUUGAUAACAGUGCUCUCAAGCAAAGAAUUGCAGCCCUUGCACAAGACAAGCUAUUCAAAGAUGCACAUCAAGAGGCACUGAAGAGGGAGAUAGAAAGAUUAAGACAAGUAUAUCACCAUCAGAACCUCAAGAAGAUGGAAAAUGCUAAUGGAUCACCCUUACCAUCCCCAUCACAAAAGCCAAUAUGUGAUUCUCAAACAGAAAACGAACAACUUCUCAAUGGAAACACAUGUGCAUCAGUGGCAUCAAAAGAAAGGGUGGAAGAAACAGUUGUGUCUGCUUUAACAUGAUGUAUAUCUCUAUAUAUAAAAUAUUUAAUGGAGUUGGUUGAUGAUUCUUUCACUUCUUUAUUUGUUGUGUUUGAUUCUUUUGCUAUUAUUGUUUUUUAAUCUUUUUCAAUCUAUUUGGAAAAACAAAGAAAAGUUAAUUGGCUUGUGGAAUGUGGAGUGUGAUGGAUAUGGAUAGAAUGAAAGAAAGGUGUGUCAGUUUUUAGGUCUUGGAAUUAAUGGGUUUGGUUGUAAUUUGAAAUUAUUAUGUAAUCAUUUUUAUUUGACAUAUUGUUUAAAAAUCUAAAUUGUAAAUAGUCAUUUUGACUCAAA